UCCAACUAUGGAAACUUCUAAUAGGGUGAUCCGUUAUUUUCGUGAUAAGAAAAAUCAUUUUUUACGUGUCCAAUUUGUGGAUAAGGUUUUGAGUAAAGUUGGUUCAUCUAAUGAUGAUACUUCUAACCAUUGUAUGACAGAGUUUAUUGUACUUUACGUGAUGGUAUCACUAUUGGUGCGAAUUCUUGGCUUUCUCUGCUAGUCAAUUAAGAGAUUAUAGUU